UUCGGUGGUGCGUGCUUAUUUGCUGUCUGCGCUUCUAUGGCAACGUAAUAGAUUAUCCAUCCCCAUGCACGUUACCACAUCUGAACUGGACAUCUUUUGCACAUUGGAUUACUGAUGUGUCAAUGGCCGGGGGCUUCGUAAGUGCUGUUUCAAGAGUAGUUUGAAAAGGAGGGUGCUAUAUGAUUUGUCAUUGAGACGCGCGUCAAAUUGUUUCCCGUUCAGACACGUCCGUCUGUCUUCCCGCAUCCAGUGUGCGCGCUUUGAUUCUGCGCUCUCGGGAUCAGUGUCUAGUAUUACAGAUGCAGCGGGAUGCAUAUAUGUGCAUUCAUAUUUUUUACGACCUAUUUUCCUGCCUCCGUCUCUUCUCAGAUGAUACCGACUGUCAUUGUUUCUGUUAAGGUGGUCGAUCACAAUGCAUCCUUCCAUGCGCAAACGACUCUAUAGCUUGCCACAUCAGUUUGGAUACAAGGGUGCUAUGACUCGAGACGGUGAAGACAGCGACAAGGACACUCGGAGGAAAAGUGUCAAGAUGAAGCAUCUUCCCUCCACGGGGAGCUCUAAAGGUGUUAGCGAGGCCAAGAGCGGAGACGCGGAGACCGAUGUGGGGAGACCCUUCAGAACCAACGUGAACGGGGACUGCCGGAGGUUCAGGGGCAGCCUCUCUUCCAUCACCAGCCGACAUGCUUCAGACGCGGAUCUGGCGGAGCAGAGGCGCCUCAUCGGGGAUGCGAGCCCUGAGGAUGAAGGUCCCUUGGAGCACACCGGACCUGGGGAGAGCCAGGGCGCGCAGGGCGGUCGCGGCGACGGGGCACAGCAGGCGCCCUCUGAAGAACAGUCGACUUUCGUAAAGUUGGAGGGUAUCGAUCAGAUCCUGCCGGACGAUGAGAGGUUGUACCAGGCGGGCUUUAUGCACAGGCAGUUUGGAGCGAUGCUUCAACCGGGAGUCAACAAGUUCUCGCUUCGAAUGUUCGGGAGCGAGAAGGCAGUGGAGCGCGAGCAAGAACGGGUCAAAUCUGCAGGCUUUUGGAUCAUUCACCCAUACAGUGACUUCAGGUUCUACUGGGACCUGAUCAUGCUCCUCUUGAUGGUGGGCAACUUGAUCAUCAUCCCCGUAGGCAUCACCUUCUUUAAAGAUGAACACACCCCCGCCUGGAUAGUCUUUAACGUGGUCUCUGAUACAUUCUUCCUGGUUGACUUGGUGCUGAACUUCCGCACCGGGAUCGUCAAGGAAGACAGCACGGAAAUCAUCCUGGACCCUCAGCAGAUCAAGGUGAAGUACCUUCGGAGCUGGUUCGCUGUGGAUUUCAUCUCUUCCAUCCCUGUGGAUUACAUCUUCCUCAUUGUGGAGACACGAAUCGACUCGGACUUCUACAAGACGGCACGAGCGUUGAGGAUUGUGCGUUUCACUAAAAUACUCAGUCUUCUCCGGCUACUGAGAUUGUCCAGACUCAUUAGAUACAUCCACCAAUGGGAGGAGAUUUUUCACAUGACCUAUGACCUGGCUAGUGCCAUGGUGCGCAUUGUGAAUCUCAUUGGAAUGAUGUUGUUGCUGUGCCACUGGGACGGAUGCUUGCAGUUCCUGGUGCCCAUGCUGCAGGAUUUCCCUUCAGACUGCUGGGUGGCCAAAAACAAAAUGGUGAAUGACACAUGGGGUCAGCAGUACUCUUAUGCCCUGUUUAAGGCCAUGAGCCACAUGCUGUGUAUCGGGUAUGGCAUGUACCCUCCCGUGGGCAUGACGGAUGUGUGGCUGACCAUCCUCAGCAUGAUCGUGGGCGCAACCUGCUAUGCCAUGUUUGUGGGCCACGCCACCGCCCUCAUUCAGUCACUGGACUCCUCACGCAGGCAGUACCAGGAGAAGUACAAACAGGUGGAGCAAUACAUGUCCUUCCACAAACUUCCUACAGACAUGCGACAGAGGAUCCAUGAUUACUAUGAGCAUCGCUAUCAGGGCAAGAUGUUUGACGAGGAGAGCAUUCUGGGAGAACUAAACGAGCCGCUCAGAGAGGAAAUCAUCAGUUUUAACUGUCGAAAGCUUGUGGCCACCAUGCCGUUGUUUGCCAACGCAGAUCCCAACUUUGUGACCUCCAUGCUAACAAAGCUACGUUUCGAGGUGUUCCAGCCAGGAGAUUACAUUAUCAAAGAGGGGACCGUCGGAAAGAAGAUGUAUUUCAUCCAACACGGUGUACUAACUGUCCUGACGAAGGGCAGCAAAGAGACAAAGAUCUCAGACGGGUCUUACUUUGGAGAGAUCUGUUUGCUGACUCGAGGCAGAAGAACAGCCAGCGUCAGAGCGGACACAUACUGUCGUCUGUACUCACUCUCUGUGGACCAUUUCAACGAGGUGUUGGAGGAGUACCCUAUGAUGCGACGCGCCUUUGAGACCGUAGCCCUCGAUCGCCUUGACCGAAUAGGAAAGAAAAACUCUGUCCUCCAGCACAAGGUCCAACGGGAUCUUAAUUCCGGAGUUCUGAACUACCAAGAAAACGAGAUCAUCCAGCAGAUUGUGCAGCAUGACAGGGAUAUGGCCCAUUGUGCCCACCUCAUGCAGACACCACCCCCAGCUCCUCACCCAGCACCGACACCAUCUUCCCACACCCCCGUCAUCUGGGCACCUCUUAUUCAGGCUCCACUACAAGCUGCCGCAGCCACCAGUUCCGUAGCCAUUGCCCUGACUCGCCACCCCCAUUUGCCCCAUUCCCUCUUCCGACCCCCUGUCCCGCUGCUUGGCUCGCUGAAAGACCAGCCAGGAUAUGUAAAAAGGUUCCCAACUGCACUUUCGGGCGCUGCUGCAUUUAGUGGCUCCUCAUCAACCAGCUCACAGUUCAGCUCUUGUAUAGAGACCCCAAUUCUGGACACACUCAGGGCCGAGAGAUCAUCUACCUCCACACCUCCACCACCGUCCUCCAGCUCUCUGCCAUCCACCAUCACAACAACUGUCACCACUACCACCUCCAGCAUCACAGAGUCUUCCUUCUACCCUCAUAGACCCCUUGUCUCCCACGGGUCCAAAGACUUCAGUGUUGCCCAGCUUCAUUCUCAACCACAACUUCCUCAGGCCUCUUUCCCCAGCAUUGCUGCAUCACUUCGUGGUUUCUUCCAACAAGGAGCAGUUGGAGGAGAGGCUGUCCAGCUUUCAGUUCCCCCUACAUCCACCCUUACUCCUUUGAUAGCGCACUCUGUAAGUCCCAUCCUGACCCAACUGCAUUCAGCUCAGCCAAAUCCUCAACCAACAAAACCAAGUCAAGGCUUGAAUAAAGUUAAAAGGACAGCCUCCCAGUCUCCUGUAACAGAAUCCCCUAUCCACUCCAGGAGCAUUCUUGAACAAGUCUCGGGUCCAACAAGUCCCAUCUCAUCCCAACAAGUCCCAUCCCAGCACACUCCGAUUAGUCUACAGCCAGAUGUUCUUUCCCAGCUUUCCCAAGAACCAUCUGCUCUUGCUUCCCUUGCACAAUAUGGGUCCGGAAAUGUGUCCCCAUGUAGCACACCUUCAGCUUGGAGUCCCACGCGCCAGAGUCCUACAGUGGAGAAGAUGAGGAUGUCCAUGCACAGCAACCCUGCUAGCAUCUCUGGAUCCCAAAGCUCACUCAUAACCCCUCAGACACUCUUUCCACCACCACCUCAAACAAGACAAAGGGGUGGAUCUCUAGUUGACCUACCUUCACAAGACUUAACCACCAUUUCCAAGUCCCUCCCCACCCCAGGACUACCUGAAAAGUCCAAGUUAGUUGGAAGAGGACCAGAACCGCCAGACUUAUCCCAUCACAGAGGAUCGGCUUCAGGUUACUCACCUCUCCCAUCGCCCCCUCCGAUUAUGAAACCAUUUAGCUCAAUACCUGGUCAUGUUGUCCUAUCGAGACAAACUUCCAAGUUGUCCAUAACUCAGACUGGGUCCUCAGGUGGGUCACCAGCCCAUGGGUCUAGUGAUAGGUCCACCCCUGGGACACCAAGCUUACACCCAAAACUCCCAUCGAACUUGUGAGAAUGGUCUGCACCCUCCUGCAAUGAUUGAGCAACUUUUUUUGACAUUUCUCACCAGAGAAGGAGGGUGUAUGUUCAUCUACUUGGAUUUUUUAUUGGUCCAAUGACUUCCCUAUUUGUUAUGCCAAAAGAAGAAAUGGAUUAAAAACUGAUAGAAAAAUUAAGGUGGGACUUAAAUUUGUCUUCCAUGUUCUGUCAGUAAUUUUUGCAAUAUUAUUGUCUGAUGAUAAGACUGUAUAGGGAUAUGCAAAUUAUGACUUCCAAAAAAAAGUUAUUUCAAAGUAAUAAUUCUAAAGGAUGUAUGUAUGUUUGUGAUUGUGUGUACGUGUGAGUGUGCGAUUGCUAUUGUAAUGUUAUAAUAGUGUGCUCUUUUUAAAGAAGGGAAUUAUGCUGGGUCAGGGAAGCAAAGCUACAUUUGUCCAUCGCACUUCAUCAGUCACUGUGAAAGAACAGGUCUCUCCGGGCAGGUGGCACUGGCACAGAUAUAUACAAACAGAGAUGCACACAAACAUUCACACAUGCACAAUCAAAACCUAGCCCUCAACAUCCCAAGUAUCUAGACCUAGUAUGAACUUUCCGCUUGACCUUGACCCCAUACCUCCUUGCUGACAAAGAGGUACUGCUCAGUAUCUAUGGCCUUUCCUUUUUGUAACAAUACUGCCUUAGUGUCUGGACACCAGGGAAUUACACCCUCACUUCCACAACAGAACCGAGAACAUUAAGAAUGUUUUGCAAUCAUUUUGUAUGCGCUUUGUAUGUGAAUUUGUGCAGUACUUAAGCAAUAAAACUGUAUGCUUGGUUUUUGUACGUGCACAGAGGUUGAUCUGUAAAUUGCAGCUUUCUUCCUGUCAAACAAAACAUACUGGAGGAUUGUUAAUGGCAGUGACACAACCAAUAUGA